AUGGGGAUGUUGCUAGAUUUGUUCUUCUUUUUGCUCAUCCAUUCUCAACUUCUCAUUUCAUCUUCUUCGUCUUCUCCUCCAGUACUCCAGUGCAAUCCUGAUGAAAGAUCCGCCCUUCUCCAACUCAAGACCUCAUUCAAAUUUGUUGCUGAUGGAAGUUUGAGCUGUGCUCGUUUGAACAAAAAUAGAACUUCACACGAUGCAACAACCUUGUGGAAUGAGCAAACUGAUUGUUGCACAUGGGAGGGAAUUACUUGUGUCGUUUUUGGCAAUGUCAUCGCUUUAGAUCUGAGUUGUGGCAGCCUUCAAGGCACAACAAGCUCCAACACCACUCUCUUCAAACUACACCAUCUCUAG